UGUUCAGUUCAAAGUUCAGACUUUGAGACACAGAGAAGUCGCUGUCUGUCUCUGAUUCAUGGAUCAAAUCCAACACAAAUUCGUCAACGUUGGUUUUCUCAAACUCCACAUAGCUGAAAUUGGAAGUGGUUCAAACGUGGUCAUAUUUCUCCACGGCUUCCCGGAGAUAUGGUACUCCUGGCGCCACCAAAUGAUUGCCCUCGCCAACGCCGGAUUCAGAGCUAUCGCGUCUGAUCACAGAGGCUAUGGACUCUCUGACCCGCCACGGGAACCUGAUAUCUCUAACUUCUCUGAUAUUCUCUCUGACCUCCUUGCACUUAUGGAUGCUCUUGCUCUUCCAAGGUAUAUACACUCUGUGUUCCUUGUUGGGAAAGAUUUUGGAGCACGUCCUGCACAUUUAUUUUCCAUUCUGCACCCGGAAAGGGUCUUGGGAGUUAUCACUUUGGGAGUUCCAUAUGUUCCACCACGCCCCUCUGUGUAUCACAAGUACUUUCCUGAAGGCUUCUACAUUUUGAGAUGGCGGAAGCCUGGUAGGGCAGAGACUGAUUUUGGACGCUUUGAUGUUAAGACUGUUGUGCGGAAUAUUUACAUCCUUUUCUCAAGAAGUGAAAUACCAAUAGCUCAAGAAAACCAGGAGAUCAUGGAUUUGGUGGAACCGGAUACCCCUCUUCCCACAUGGUUCUCAGAGGAGGAUCUUGCAAUAUACGCAGCUUUGUAUGAGAAAUCUGGAUUCCGAACCACAUUGCAGGUUCCAUAUAGGUCAUUUGGUGAAGAAUUUAACAUACCAGAUCCUGUGCUCAAAGUUCCAGCACUAGUGAUAAUGGGUGGCAAGGAUUAUAUUCUCAAGUUUCCAGGGAUUGAAGAUUUAACAAAGGGCGAAAAGGCAAAAGAGUUUGUAAGGAAUCUGGAGACUACAUUCAUUCCUGAGGGUACCCAUUUUGUUCAAGAACAAUUUCCUGAACAGGUUAAUCAGCUUAUCCUUGCCUUCCUUGCCAAGCACACUUGAAAUUGGACUUUCACAUGGUAUAUGUGGAUUAGGAAGUGUGGAGUGUGGAGAGUUUGCAUAAAUUAUUAGAAGCUUGCUUGUAGAACUUAGAUGAGAUGAAUAUCUUGGGCAUUCGGGCAGGGUACUACUGAAUUAAAAUAUACGAUUCUGAUUUUCA